AUGUGUGCAGGCAGUGUGCCAGGCAGGCAGCAGAGGAGCAUCCAAUCGUCAUUUCCGGAGGUAAGAAAAUUAACUGGCCUUCCGAUUAGAAGGCCCGGGUUCAAUCCUAUCUCUGACACCAUCUGCGUGAUCGAAGACGAGUCACAAGCAAAGAGGACUGGGAGCUGGCAGCGCCCUGAGAACACAGACCGGGGGAGGGGGAAUCGAGGACAGGGUCGUAGCGUGUCUGAACCGGGGAGGCAGGCAGCCUGUCCCACAGCGGGGCGGAGCCUAAGAACGUGGAAGGCCCGAGCUGGCCGGCCCCGAGAAGACCGAACGUGGGGGAAGAGGAGGGCUGAAGGGCACAGAAGUCCGAGCUGGGCGCUCCCGAGAUCCAGGAGGAAGAGGAGGAGGACUGGGCGCCCCCACACCCGGCAGCCGCGGCCCGAACCCCAGCAGCAAGCUGCAGCCCCGGGGCUGAGAAAAAGCUGCCCAGCAACCGGUCACGUGACAUGGACUCCGCUUGCGGAUUGGCUGCAUGGGCCGGGGAGCGUUUGCUCUCCACCCCUCCCUAACUCGCCCGUCCUGGUCCCUCCCUCCCAGAAGGGCUCCUUGCCGCGAGCCUCUCUGGUGCAUUCGGCUUUCCACUCUAUCCUCCUCCUUUCCUUCCUGCCUCCCUCUCUUGGGGGCCUGCCUCUCUCAGCCCUGUCUACCCCUUCCCACCAUCAGCCUCCACCUUCCCUCCCCUCUCUUCUUUGGGGUCUUGCUCCCGUCCUAGCUGGCGUUUCUGUAGCGCUUUCUCUAUAGCUUACGAAGUGUUCCCAGCCUCUUUACAGAGGAAGAAACCCAGGUUCAGAGUGACUGGGGAGGUCAUGGGCACACAGUUCUGCAAGCAGCCUGGAGUGAUGCUUAAAGUCCUAGACUUGUACUCAAGAAGAGCUGGGUUCGAAUCCUGCUUCUAACCCUCUAUCUAUACGACCAUGGGCAAGUCAGCUAACCUACCUUGGCCUCAGUUUCCCCAUCUAGAAAAUUGGGAGCUGGUCUGGAUGAUCUUUGAGGUAUCUUUGAGGAUCAAAUGAGGUCAAUUUGUAUAUACUAAGCACUUAAUAAAUGUUUUCUUCUCUCUA